UUACACUUCUUGUCUUGGCCAUCACUAUCCUAUAGGAAUCACUCCACAGAUUCGCAUUGGCACUCUGACAAAGACCCUUAAAGCAGGUCUUUUAGCUUGUCCUUAUCUCGGUUUUCAGCACGACUUUGGCAACGGCGAACACCACUUAUCGUUUAUUUUGUUUAUUAGUAGGCGGUUCGUUGCGCUAUUCUUAACCAGUUGAACCAACCGCUACCGACACUACACAGAUAUCUACGGAGAUCGGAAAAAUAAGUUAAUAUUGAUGCUAAAUAUCAUAAGGGUCUGAUCAACCAACUAGAGCACGAUGCCCCGCAGUUGGUCAGUGAUCUGGCAAGCGCUGGAUGUUAUCGACGUUGGUGGCAUAACAGGGCCUUCCGCUCCACCCAUGUUUAUAUUGAUUUUGACUUCCGAUGCCCCUGUGUGAAUCAUACCUUAGCUACUGACAACAUUUAGUUUCCGAUCGCGAGCGAUAACACUCGCCGCAACUAUCAGCAACGCGCUAUCGCGGAUCAAACUUUCGUUUUCAGUGUUUCGCCGGUUGUUCAUCUGUAAUCAUCGCAGCAUCAUGUAUCAGUUCAAAGCCGGCAUUUCGUUAAUCGUGCAAGCGAUAAUCGUUCACGCGUCACUUACUAACUCGCGUUAUCGAUUGCCGAAACCGGCUUAUUACGAUCGCCGGUUAUCUUCGCAGUUGUUCCAUGUUAUCGAGUUCUACAAGCAGCCCGAUCCGGUGGGUCUACCGGCGAUGGUUUCCAUCCCGGAUCCGCUGUCGAUUCCUCCGUUCCGUCAGUCGGUUGCAUUCACCGCCAUGGAAAUGCGUGACUUGAUGACGUAUGGACUGUCCCGGUUGAGGGUGCGACUGUUCGAGGCGGAGCUGAGCAGCAUGGCGCUGAGGGUGGAGUUGACUAUGGACGAGCUGAUGGUUAAUGGGAGUUACGCGAUCAACAUGGGUUCGAGCGGGCCGUUUUGGCUGAAGAUGAAGAACGUAAGGACGCUGGGGAACGUGUCGUUAGGGGUAGAUCGUGAAGGAAUUCUUCGUGCGCAGGAUAUUGAAUUGGACAUCGGAAUUGAAGAUAUGGCGAUGGAUUUUCAGAAUCUGGGAUGGUUCGGACGGGUGUUUCAGGGCUUGGUGAACGCCGCACCCAAUAUGGUAUUCGACAUGGUGAAGCCGUACAUGCUGAAAGAAGUCCACGCGAAACUUCAGGGUGAAAUCGACUCGCAGAUUGAGCGGCAGGUGGACGACCGGGGUAUCGUAUUGGCGAAUUCGAUUGCACCGUUGGAUUUGUUCGUUUCCGAAGCGCGGUGGCUGCUAAGAACGAAAGGUUAUGACCCCUACGUGGUUCCGGACUAUCGGAACUCACUAAGUAUUUUCAGUUUACUCCUAAGCAACACGCAACUCCGCGGACUAUCAAACUUCUAUCGCAGUGGCGAGCUGGAAAUUGCCGUGCAGAACAACACCAUGAGUUGUACGGUCCAAGUAGGCACUGGAAGAAUAGAGGGAUCAACGCGGUGGCAGUUAUCCGUCGUGCGAGAUGUGCUUUCCAGAUCGGGAGCCAUUUUCUUCUCAAUAGAAUUCAUCCAAUUGUCCAUCAAAGUAAGCCAACCGUUGGACCUGCGAAAGAAGCCUUCUUUGAUGGAUUUCCAGCUCGAGUUGGGAAAUAUUCAGAUUUUCAGUUCCGGUGCCGGUUCAAUGGAUUACCUGUUGGAAGCUGGGGUGAAUAUUUUACCGAAUUUGCUGCGCUCCCAGGUGGCGAAUGCCAUCGAGAAACCUUUGCGGGUGAGAAUUCGGGAGAAACUGGAGUGCAUCAAUGUGGAGCAAUUUGUCAAGCGGCACGUGGCCGAUUAUGAGCGAAGGGGAGCCAAUAUGGAGGUAGAUUGGAGACUCUGCGAGAGGAAAUUGGAAAAAUAAAUUUAUUUAGAGCUGCGAAAGUUUAUUACUCAAUCAAUAUGUGUGGGAGCGUUAUUUCCAUUUUUCUUUUCCAACUUAAAUAAUCGGAUUAAAUUUGUAUUGGCAAGCUUUGCACAGGAAAGAAAGUG